UAAAGGAAUGCAGCUGUAAUGAAAAGUUCACUUUUUUUACUCGAUGUGCUUCGAGGCUGCGGGGGGGAAAUAGCGCCAAGUGCAGUGCUGACUUCUAAUUGUAAUCCUCACAAUGGGAUGCGGCGCAAGCUCCAACAUUACUGUUGUUGAACCUGUCAAACCUUCAAGCGAAAAUGAGCAUGACUCCCUGGAGGUGCAGCGGACAGAAGGGGGCGACCGGGGGGACUCGGCCGUGUCGAAACACACCACAGACAGCGGACUAGGUCUGGAGGCGGCAGAGGGCAUCAUCUUACCUGGGGCAGUGCCUAGACAGCUUCCCCCGCUCAGAGCCAGCAGCUUGGGCCAGGCACAGAACAACACCCCCUCACCCAGACAGGAGUCCAGUGAGAUCCUGGAGCAGCUUCUGAAUCAGGGUAUCAUUCCAGCCCAGCCCCACACAGCCAGCAACGGAGAGGCCUAUAGCAUCAUGAUGGACGAAGCAGAGAAGCCCCUGAGGAGGCCGCCGCCCCGGCUAGAGAAGCUGAUGGUCAGGAAAGAGGAGCAGGGGACAGCCACGAAGGAGGACAUUGAAGAGAAGAUGAGACAGGCAGAGGAGCGACGGCAGACCAAAGAGGAUGAGCUGAAGGUGCGGCUCAGGACUAAGUCAGCUCGGCACCGCCAGGCUGCUUCUCAGCUGGAGGCCGACCAGACUGUGGUGGAGGAGCUUCAGUUAGAUGCUCCCAGUACUCGGCACAGUCCACCCAAGACCCCGGACCACCAGAACCAUAUCAGUCCGCUGGAGGGCAGGUUAGAGAGCGGGGGAGAGGAGAAAGAGGAGAGAGGAAGAGAUGGGGUGAUAGUGGGAGACAAAGAUGGCGGAAGAAGAGAUGCGCCCUUGACAGACUCGUUGAACAUGGAGAAUGACUCCACUUUUCAGCAAGUUGAAGACAUAGAAGAGAUAUUUUAACUGAAAAUAAAGAAGUGGGUUUAUUAUGCACACUACUGGUCAAAAGUU